AUGGAAGGAAUUGUGGUUGGGAUAGUAGGGAGUGAAGGCAUGCUUGGCAAUGGAGGCAAAGUAACCUUUGGGAUGCUAGGCAUGGCGGGGAAGCUUGGAAGUGGAGGCAGCGUGGGCUUAGGUAGAGAUGGUUGGGUUGUGGGCAAGGUUGGCAAUGUGGGUUGGGGCAGAGUCGGUAUAGUAGGCAAAGGAGGCAAAGUGGGAUUUGGCAAAUUUGGUGCUGUAGGCAGAGGUGGUGUCUGUAGAAGAUGGCGAGCAGCUAAGGAAACAUGGACGUUUGAAAAUGACAAAGCAAUGAAGAAAGCGAGGAUGAAGCACUUGAAAGAGGCCAUCUUUAAGAGUUUUUCAAGAGUUUUUGAACACACCGACUCUGUAAUGAUAUGUGAGAAAACACAAGAUUGGUAUAUGUUGGGUUUAUAUAGUUGUGAUUUUUAUAGGUUUGGCCACUUGGCCACAUAUUUGGUUGGGAAAAACGGUGAACACCAUUUCUUUCAAGUUAUUCGGUAG